CCUUCCUUCAACAUGCAAAGUUGCGUACGAUAUGCAAACAGAAUACCCCAUUACACCUGCACAGCUCGUCCCGCAGGUUCCCUUACUUUACCAGCUCACCUGCUCACAUCUCGAGCGAGCGAGAUAGGCUGCAGCAGAGCAGCUUUAUCUGGUUUUUAAGGCAAGAUAAUUAAAUGGAUUCCUGACAUUCUUCAGCUUCACUUAAUAUAGAAUAAUGAUUAACACAGCUUGGGAGAGCAGAGCCUGGCAGGCAGACAUGCAGCUCGUGGGGAAGCUGGCAUUUUCUGUUUCUGCGUUUUUUGUAUUGGCAUUGGCGUACAGAUUCUAUAAGUCACGAACACCUGAGAGAGCCAGCAUAUCGAGGGAAGAUGCUACUGUUCUCACAGGAGAAGAAGCUAGGACUUCUGAGGUUCCCCGGCGAAGUUACGAGGAGGAUGAAACCACUGGACUGCGGUUCAGACGGUCAUACAACAACCUGCAGGACAGCAAAGUGUCUGAUCUGGACAACACACACCUGUUCGAUAAACCUUUAAAUACACAGGGGCUUCUCCUUACAGCUCAAAAAGGAUUACAAAGAGCAGAAUGGGAGCCAGGAGAAAAUAAAACCAGAACUGCAACCUGUGAGAAUCAGACGGAUGCAAAGAGUGCAGUAGUAAGAGAAAGAGGCAGCCUUCCAGAUCCGGAACAGUGUCAGAGCCAGGACUCUCUGCAAGAACAAACUAGAGAAGUAGACAGUUGUGAUGGAAAAUCCACUGAGAGUCCCGGUCAGAAUUACCGUCAGGAUCCAGAAGGAAUAGAAAUGAAUGUAAGUUUGGAUUCGGGGAAUGAAAUUGGUGGCUCAGCAAGAGCCAUCCAAAACAUAGAGACACUGUGUGACAUCAAUGUGACAACCAGUCAAGACCAUCAGACCAUCCACGAACAGCACAGGUUCUCAUCAACAGCUCAAGUUCAAAUAGAGGAGAAUAUCAUCCAAGAGACACCGGUUGAAGACACCUCUACAGCUCACAAUCAAACACCAGGAUGCCUGCGAGGAAAGGUCUACAAUUAUCAUGUAGAGUCCACUUCCCAAAAAUUAAUAGAAAGAAAUGUUAAUGCUGGGGCCAGCCCCUAUGACCAAUCUCUCGCUCAUCUUAAGGCAGACCUGGAACCUUAUGAUGAGAAAGAAAGUGUGAUAAAUCAUCCUGAUCAAACCGACAACACCGAUAAUUUAGGAUUAUUCCAUACACAAGACCAACCAAAGGAUUCUAGUAACAAUGAAGAUGAUAUUCCAAGUCUGGAGACCAGGUCUGAGAGUGGGGAAUAUAAAGGUUCUGUGAUACCUUCCUCAAACCAAACACAAACACACAGGGACCAAGCUGUAAGUAGAGAUAUAAAGUUUGAUCCCAGUGCUGCUACAUUUCAUGUCUCUCUGAAUCCAGAAUCCACCUUUGAUAUCCAUCUUGAGUUGGGGAACUGCUACGAGGUGUUGUCCUUAGCCAAGAAACACAACCUUGAUGACAUUAAGGCGGCUGCCUACAAGGUCAUGAGCAUCAACUACCUGCAGGUAUUACAAAACCCUUCUGUGUACGGGCGCCUGAAUGCCGCAGAGAGAGACUUGAUUCUAGACAUUCGAAUGAAGGGCAGGAGAUAUGUUGUGGUUGCUGACAUUGACACCCCGGGUUAUUCUGAUUCUCAAAACCACAGUAGUCUGAAAUACUAUGACAACAUAAAAAACGUGUGGCACGUACUGUCUGACAUCCCGAAGGAGGCUGUGAGCAGAGGAUGCUCUGUUGCUACCAUGUUCAAUUAUAUUUUUGUCGCCCUUGGAUCUGAAAGUCCUGAGAGACAAAUGAAACCAUCGAAACGUGUUGUUUGCUACAACCCACUCACAAACAACUGGCGCGAAAUCUGUCCUCUAAAAGAGGCUAGGCCUCAAUGCAAACUGGUGGCACUCGAUGGGUAUUUAUAUGCCAUUGGAGGGGAGUGUCUUCACACCGUCGAACGCUAUGACCCACGCCAAAACAGGUGGUCUUACGUUGCUCCUCUUCCCAAUGACACUUUUGCUGUAGCCCACAUGGCAGCAGCCUACGACGAUGAGAUUUACGUUACUGGUGGGACUAUUCGGUACAUGCUUUUGAGAUACCGUCCCAAGGAAAACGUCUGGAAAAACAGCAUCAUAAGUGGAAGUAAAGACAGAACCACAGACAUGGUGGCUGCUAAUAAUUUCUUGUAUCGAUUCGAUCUGAACCGUAGCAUGGGGAUUAGCGUUCACCGCUGUAACAUCAGAGCCAGGAUUUGGUAUGAAUGUGCCAAUUACCCAAUGCCGUACCCAACGCCUUUCCAAUGUGCCGUCAUUGACAACAAUAUCUUCUGCAUCAGCAGAAAUUUCCACCUGCGUUUCCUGACAGACGACAUCUCGCCCAGGUUUGUGAACGGGGAUCUUACAACUUUACCCCAGCCAAAAGGUGUGCUUUUCCCCUUGGUCCUUCAUCUCCCAGUAACGACAUCCUACUGAACAUUAUUAAAGUAUACAAGGGCACAAAACAUUAUAUUAAUUUACAUAGCAAAAAAGAAUAUUCUAAACAUUUCCAACGUUUAAGCUAAAGCAUAAAAAAACCAAAAGGUUAAAUAUAUUUUCCAACAUGUACACCUACUCUAACUUGUUAAUCACUGGUUAUAGUGUCUUUUGUUAUCUUUUAGUAACUGGUGCUGGACUCAUUGAAUUUAGGCUUGGCCUGCCUUCCUCCUAUGACUUGUAAUAUAUAGUUUUACAUGACAGCAAGGUUGUAUUGAUGGCUAAAAAUAAGUUAUACAUGAACCAAACUAAGACCAAAGAAACCUGAUUGUUCUUGACUACAAUACCCAGAAUCCUCUGACACCAAUAACUGAUGCAGUAUGGAAAUUAUGUUACAUGCUCUGUUGAUUAAUGCAUUUUUUUUUAAGAGAUGUAACAAUUAUUUAUACCCACUGUACAUUUUUAGACAGCAGCCAACAACUGGGUUUAGGGAGAGUUUUCUGAGUCCCGCGCUAGUUAUACAGAUGUACAUAACAUAUUAAAUUGAACUAUGUGGCUCGAUACCAAAACAAGAUCAUGCAUUCUAAAUAGGGGCCUCUCUGCUUCUGCACAGAAAUUUCGAAAUAUAUAUUCUGCAUUCAUAAUGACUCAAUGAACGCUGUAAAUCUUCAGUAGCCGAGCAAAAAUCCCAAAUUCAGAGUAAUUGCUGCACAUUACUCCAGUAAUUCACUGAUAUGACUUUCUAACUGUUAAACACAUGAUCUUUAGAUUUUGCCUCAAAAGGUAUAAUUCAUGCUUUGGAUAUAAAUGAACCCUGUGUGAUCUGCAGUAUCAGGAGAACAUUAUCCAGAAAAGGCUUCACGUGGAAUAUAGCUAGC